CCAAAGAUUUUCUCGAGAAAAUGGCAAUGGCGGAAUCUUCGAAUCUCAUGUGGAAAUCGAGAGACGUUCUCGCAACACCAAGCCACGAAGGAUUCGAGACCAUCGUCGAACAACUCGCAAUGCGUCAAGAAACCAAAGAAUAUAAAACCGCGCUUGCUCUGUUCGACUUCUGCGCUACUCGUUUCCCAAACUGCUACACCCUAAAGCUUCUCAAGGUCUAUCGAUGUUCUUCCAAUAACGCCAUCAGAUACCGAUCGAUCUAUUUCCUCGCGGAAACCCUCGCCGAGCUCAGAAACCGCAACUUCGAACUCUCUCGCGUCGGUCUCCACGAAAUCAAACCACUCCUGAUUGAAUGCUUAACGAUGCAAGAAACCAAAGAAUCUGACAUCAAGGUCCUCAGAAGAAUCGUUUCUAUCAUAACCUACAACGUUGUGGUUUGCGAUAACGGUGGAUGGAACGAGCUCAGUGAUUGUAUCCUCUGGCUCGCGAGUACUGAACCUCUCAAGGCUUUUCACAUUUUCCUCGAUUUGCCAUCAGUCUACGGUACAUUCAUCGACAAUUUUAUGAACAUUAUUUUAGAGGAAGCUGAGGAGAUCUUGGUUCAUCCUGAGAAAUGUGAAGUUGAAGGUUGGAGCUUAGCUUUAGAAACUGUUGUUAAAAUGGGGAUUCAGGUUUUGGAUAUAGAGAUGAGAGUUGAUUUGAUUAAGAAGCUUAUCAACACUGUUGUGAAUUCAGUGAAGGAGUUAGUGGAGAAGGGGAUGGAGCAGUUUCUGGUGGAAGGGCUUCAGCAUCUGGAGGAGUUCUUGUCACGAGACAAGACUAUGUAUAGUUACAAUAAGAGUCAGUGUCAUUUCGUGAUGACUAUCAUGUUCAAGAUCAAAGAUUUUGGAACACAGAGUAAAGAUGUUAUAAGGAAGAUUAACCAGUUGGUUAAAUCACAGGACAAUGCAGCGAGCAAGCCUGUUGUGAAACCUCAGGAGACUCAAAUUGAUGGAGCAGAAUAUGAUCGUGGCUUGUAUAACCAUCUGAAGACUUUGUCAUCUGUUGAUGUUUUGAAAAUCUUUAUGUCAAAUGCUGUUGAAGAUAGGUCCAGAGAGAUAGCAAUCAGACGGCUUGAAGUUGUACUCUCUAAUCACACUUCAAUGGAGGUGCAAAUAGACAUCUCAGAGAUGAGAGAACUUCAGCCGUUGCUUAUCUCUUGCCUUAAGCAAGAAGGAAUCUCUGAUAGCAUGUUCAAAGUCUUAGGUGAGGUGCUGAACCACGUUGUGUAUGAGAUGUCCAACCACCAAGAUGUCGCAUGGGACGGUAUACGCGAUUGUAUUGCAUCGCAAAGCAAAACAGAGUUUCAGAGAGCGGUUUAUAUCUUCCAGUGCUUAACAAUGCCGCUUGAAGAUGACGGGUUUGUAAUUCAUGUGAUGGAGAAUCUGCUCCCAGAGAUAAGCAGAAGGUUAAACCCACCGGGAGAGUUGUUGGUAGAUAACAGUUGCUGGGUUUUGGCGUUUACUGGUGCAUUCUGUGCGACCAUUCACUUGAUAGAGAUCCUAAGCCAAGCUGAAUCCUGUAAGGAGAUUGCAAAUAAGAUGAUAGAUUCUGUGAGAGAGCUUGUGGAAAGAGGAGGAAUGGAAGUUGGACUUGUUAGGAGAGCUUUCAGAGAUCUUGAAAGCAUUGUCAAGAAACAAUUGGAAUGGUACGAAACGGUGGAAUACAAAUUCGUUAAGGGUCUGCUUUGGAAACUCUAUGCAAUCAAAGGUAUGAAAUGGGAAAGUAAGAUCGUGUUGUGGAGAAUCAACGUGAUCGUGGAGAGACAAGUGAAUGAGGAGGUUAAAGUGUUCCCGAAGGGUGGUGAGUUUGAUUGGCUGAACCUACCUGAGGCUUAGGGAUUUGUACGUCUCAAGUUCUUUCUUACAGAAUCUGGUUUUUGAUAUAUAGUUUGCAAUUGUGUACAAAAAACACUGUACAGAAACAAGUAAAGUACAUUUUGAACCAUACAUUGGAAAAUGAUUGGAGAAACAAGUAUCUGCCGUGCGGUUCUUUGGUGGGGGUUUAGGUCCUUCUGAUUAACCCAUAAUAGUUGCAAUAGAAGUUUCUUACAAAUU